GUACCUCAUCACCGCUUUAAAUUUGUUCAUAUCCCACCCUCCUCUCUACACUAAUAUGUAAGCACCCUGUACCAAAGCUAGAGUAGAUAUAAUCAAUGACAGUUGGUGAGGACUGCUUCGAUUUUACUGACCUUCACGACCCAGGAGACUCGUCAAUUUUGCCCAGUCUUCAUGAAGUUUCAGAGAGCCAACUGUGUGUGCCUCCUGACUCGUUAGAAGGCUUGGAAUGGGAAUGGUUCCCCAGCUUCUCCGAAGAUUUUAUUAGUUGGAACCAAAAAGGCUCGUUUUGUGUUGGGAGUGACCAGCCUUGUACAUAUGAACUUGUGGAGAAUGGAGCUGUGAAUGAAGAUUGGGUCAGAAUUUAUGGGGACGCAGUAAGCAGCUUUACGAAGAAGAAGAAAAGGUCGAGGAAGAGGACGACGCCACGGUCGGUGGGGAUGGACAGCAAGAGGUGCAGCCACUGCGAAACGGAGGAGACGCCACAAUGGAGGUAUGGGCCUGAGGGGCCCAAGACACUGUGCAAUGCGUGUGGUAUGAGGUUCAAGUCCGGAAGGCUCCCGCCGGAGUAUCAUCCGGCCGCCAGUCCUACUUUUAAUAGCUGCAAGCAUCCUAAUUACCAUAGGAAAAUAAUGGAAAGGCGAGGAUUUAAUUGUUAAUAUGAUAUGAUUAUUUUUUUUUUUUCAUGACUUUCUUGUAUAUACAUACUUCAGAGAAUA